AUGCCCAUCAGAUUCCCUGACCACGCCCAUUGCCCCCCAAACCGCACCCCGACCGUCAGGCCACGCCCACCGGUCCACAGGCCACGCCCAUUGGCACCAGGCCAUGCACAUCAGAUCCCGAACUACGUCCAUUGGCCCCCAAACCGCACCCCGACCGUCAGGCCACGCCCAUUGGUGCCAGGUCCCGCCCAUCAGCUCCCUGACCACGUCCAUCGGUCCCCAAACCGCACCCCGACCGCCAGGCCACGCCCACUGGCCCUCAGACCACUCCCGUUUGUGCCGUGCCACGCCCAUCAGCUCCCGAACCACGCCCACUGGCCCCCAAUCCUCACCCCGACCGUCAGGCCCCUCCCACCGGUCCUCAGGCCACGCCCAUUGGCGUCAGGGGCACGCCCGUUGGCCCCCAAACCGCACCCCAGCCGUCAGGCCACGCCCACUGGCCCUCAGACCACUUCCAUUUGUGCCUUGCCAUGCCCAUCAGAUCCCAGACCACUCCCAUUGGCCCCCAAAGAGCACUCCAACCGCCAGGCCACGCCCACCGGUCCUCAGACCACGCCCAUCAGGUCCCUGACCGCACCCAUUGGCCUCCAAACUACACCCCGACAGUUAGGUCACGCCCACUGCCCCCCUCAGACCACGCCCAUUUGUGUCAUGCCACGCCCAUUGGCCCCAAACCAAACCCGACCGCUGGACCACGCCCACCGGUCCUCAGGCCACGCCCAUUGGCGCCAGGGCACGCCCAUCAUCCCCUGA